AUGAAUUACGUUUAAUGGACUUAGAUAGUGAACAUUUAGGCAUUCCAGAUACGGAUUAUUCAUGUACAAUUAAGAUGCCUAGUAGUGAAUUUUCUCGUAUUUGUCGUGAUAUGAGUAUUAUGGGUGAUUCAGUUCUUGUUUGUACAACUAAAGAAGGUGUGAAAUUCUCAGCUAAAGGCGAUCUUGGUCAAGGCAGUAUUCGUCUUGUUCAAACAACAAAUAUUGAAAAAGAAGAAGAAGCUGUUAUUAUUGAAAUGAAAGAAGCUGUUGCACUUACAUUUGCUGUACGAUAUUUGAGUAUGUUUUGUAAGGCAGCACCACUUUCACCUCAAGUUGGUUUAAGUCUUUCGGAAGAUACACCUUUAAUGUGCGAAUUUAAAAUUGCUGAAAUGGGUCAUGUUCGCUUUUAUUUGGCACCAAAAAUUGAAGAUGCAGAUAGUUAA